AUGCUCUUUAAAGUAAAUGUUGAGAAUUCGAAAAAACAAUUUGAGGUGGUAGAUGUCGACAGACAUUCAGUGCAAUAUGCUGAUGGAUCCAAUCGGUUUUAUAAAGUUUCGAGAGAUUUUUCUAAACAGUAUGCUCAUAUUUAUUCAGCACGGCUAAAUAUUUUUAGAAAUAUAUUAGCACCUGUAGUCCAUAAAAAGUAUUCAAAUAAAUAUAAAAUUCUGAAAUUGUGCGAUCUUCGCGAUAAGGGCACACCUUGUGUAAUCAUUGGUACAUUAUUUAAACUGCAAGAAUUAAAACCCAGUAUAUUAAAAGAGCUAUCAGAUCAACUUGAAAUAUUACCGCAACCAACAAGAACCCAUUUUGUUCAUGAAACUGAUAGUUUAGUGUUGGAAGACGAGCUACAAAGAAUAAAAUUAUCUGGAGAUUGUAUUGAUGUUAAUAAAGUGGUAACUGGUGUUGUUGUUGCUCUACUUGGUUCUGAAGACGAAGAUGGAAUAUUCACUGUCAAAGAUGUCUGUUGGGCAGGAUGUAAUGUACAAAAACCUCUACCUACAAUAAGUAACGACCGAUAUGUUGUUCUUAUGUCAGGAUUAAGUCUAGCAUCCAAAUCCGGAGACCAUUUGUUUUCCUUAAACUUAUUUUUGGAAUGGUUAUCAGGAUUUUGUGGUACUACACAAUAUCAGGGAGAAGUUUCAAAGAUCGUCAGAGUUAUAAUCGCAGGUGGAAUCUAUGCAAACCAGUCCAGUGAUUUCCAACUUAGUGAAUCAGAUGUUAUAAGCUCAUCUGAUGUUGUUGAUUCAUUCUCUGCUGCUGUUAGUGCGGUCACACCUUUAGAUCUAAUGCCAGGUUGUAAGGACCCUACUGGCAUUAUGUUACCACAGAAACCUUUUCAUUACUGUUUAUUCCCAAAAGCAAUUGAAUAUAAAUCAUUCAAUAGAGUAUCCAACCCUUAUGAAUGUGACAUUGGAGGUUUUAUAUGUUUGGGUACAUCAGGAGAACCAAUAAGAGAUAUCAUGCAGAACAGUGAGAUAGACAAACAUUUGGAUGUUAUGAAGAAGACUUUGGAGUGGCGGCACAUGGCGCCUACCUGUCCUGAUAAUGUUCCUUGCACACCCUGUAUAGAUACAGAUCCAUUCACCAUUUAUAACUGCCCUGCCAUAUACUUUAGUGGCAACUGUACUGAAUUUGCCACAGAAAUUUUCAAUGGUGACGAUGGACAGAAAGUCAGAAUUGUAUGCAUUCCAGAUUUUUGUGAAACUAAAACCGUAGCAUUGGUGAAUCUUGCGAAUUUGGAAUGUUAUAGUAUGACAUUUGGUUGA